GUAGCUAAGAACAUUGGUCUGGAUACCAAAAGUAACGCAUCAUUGUGGAAGGAUUUUGCGAUGGUGGAAUUGAACUAUGCCGUGAUGUACAGUUUCCAGGUAAGAUUCAGCUGAAGAUUAUUUAGGAUAGACGGCUAGAUCAAAUCCUUGCUUCUGAACAUGUUCUACGUGUGUGUGUGUGUGUGAUUACAUAGCGUCUGGAAGGGUAUUCUCGGGACCCGGGAUUAGACUAACAUACAGUGCGGGAUUCUGGAAAACGCAAAAUAUUUUGAUGGGAUACGGGAUUUGACUGCUACUCGGGAAGCGAGAUUCGCCAAAAUCGUGGAAAAGGAUGCGGAUUUGGGAAAGAAAACCGUAUUCGGGGUAGAGAUGGCAGAUGUUCGGGUUGCGGGAUCGUCGUGAGAAAGGAGCGGGAAUGCGGGAUCAUGGACUCCCCUUCCAGACUCUGUUCACGCGGUUAAUGUAUCUGAUGAUGGGUGUUUAUUUUCGUUUGUUAGGAAGCUGGUGUUACUCUGGCUGAUCACCAUUCCACAUCGGAGGCCUUCAUAAAACAUUUAAAAAAAGAAGUAAGUGUAUGUUUCUUUAUGGUGGACGCGGGGCGGGUCGAGCUAGUAGGUUAGGGCUUGAAGAAACUACUGAUCCCGACGGCCUUUGCGGCAAACAAAGGAGUAAUUAUAUCCCGAAUGAUCACUGACCUUGUGGUUUAGGGGGGAAGGGUGUGGCCCUCCUUCAUUUGAGACAUAAAAGUAUCUGCGGCGCCGAAGGCAAAUUGGGUAUGGAUUCUAGAAGGCGCAACUAUUUUCUCUUAUUUGUCCUUGAAAAGUGCAAUUUGAUCAGUUUGAAUCCGCUGAUUGGUAGCUCAUGUGAUGGAAACAGCGUGCAUGCUGCAACGUUCUAGUCUGAAAUAGGUAUCACAGGAAGCAUGGCGCGCACCUGCACCCACAUUUCCCAGAUCUUUCCCAUGGUGACCCAAAUCGCAGAGGAUUAGUCACCAACAUACGAGUGAUAGCUACUUGCCGUAAAGAGUUUUUAUUUUGGUAAUUCAAUUGUAAAUGACUCGAUAAUUACUUUGCCGUAUGAAUACAUUGUGAACAUCUAGUAUGAAUAUCUAUAUAGAACAAAUUGACAUUUCCUCUUUUUGAACGAACACCUCUAUUACGCAGACACUGACGUAAAAAAUUGUCCAUGCUUUUUAACACUCCAUAAGACGAACACCUCUCUAGACCGAAGCUAAGUGCUGGUAUCAGAGGAGCCGUGUCGGUCCUAGAGAGAGUUGAAUGUACAUUAGUAAUUGGAUAUCUGUUUUUCUAAUAUCCGUUUACCCAGUAAUUAACCUCACCCUUUACGUUUCAUUAUAGAUGAAACUGCGAGGUGGCUGUCCAGCGGAUUGGGUGUGGAUAGUUCCUCCAAUGUCGGGUAGUGCUACCUCUGUCUUUCACCAGGUACGUUUGAAGUAAAAGCUAAAAAAAAACUGUAGGAUUACUUUCUGACAAAGUUCUAUUAGGAAAAUAUGUUGCCUUACUUAUAACUUGUAUCGUCAUUCUUAUUUUAUUUUGCGUAGAAGAUACUGUUUAAUUGUGCUCUCAUAGUAGGAGACCCUCGGGAACAAUGCUAGCUAUCCCCAUUACACGUAUAAUGUGAUCGAUCUCUAAGCGGGACACCCUCGGGACAAGCUGUUGCUCCCCUCCUUACAAGUACGCAGCGACACGCAGCGUAAUCUCUCUGAUUCUUGAAUUAGGCAGCGUAUCUUGAUAUAUUGUAUUUUCUUUUCAGGAAAUGCUGAAUUAUGCUUUAAAACCAAGCUACGAAUACCAGGUAAAUUGUCAUUUCUUUUCUUAUUAGAUAUGCCCAGAAGCAUAUCUGAAAUGCCAUAUUUGCUAUUUCAUAACAUCCGUGAAAGUGAUGAUUUUCUAAAAAAAAAAGUUUGCUAUUGUUAACAGACUGAUCCCUGGAAGGUUUAUAAUUUCACCGGACAGACCAAACGAAAUAUCUCUUUUAAGGCCUUGUGCAGGUAAGCGGGAUGUAAAACGAUUUUUAGUCAAGCCAAAGUAACUUUUGCAACCGCUGCCUUACGUCGCUUCAUUAAUCAUCCUCGCAGGCCAAGGGAAGCUGAUUUGGACGGAACAAAGAACGGGAAAGCUCUGGGUAAUUAAUCUUACCGAACUACUUUCAUAAACUUGUGAGUCCAAGCUUCUGAUUGCCCAGAAUAUUUUUUUUGGCCAAGCUUGGAAAUUGAAGUUUCUGGUUCGGAAAGAAAUAUUAGGGCUCUCCCGUUAUUAUUAGAGACCUUUAGAUUCUAAGACAAGGACCACUACGAGUACGAGAUAUUCUCAAUAGUAAGUAGUGCGCGAGCUUGAACCAGCGUCAUUUUGGCGGGAAAACGUGAUACCCGUCGUCUUUCUACUACGAGUUUUGGCGAGGAUGUCGUGGUGGCGGAAACAAGUUAUCAAAUGUUAGACCUUUUAUCAUUUGCGCCGAAUCGAGAGGGGGUUUAACCUCUUUGAAUAAAGAUAACAGUGCUGAUUUUUUUUUAAUGAAAAACAAAAGUACAAUGAAGCUUUCCGGGGGUUUCAAUUUUUUUAGAGUACGUAGAAAAACUUUAAAUCAAAUCUCUUACUCGCAGUUGGUCUCGUUAUCGAAUCUAAAGGCUUCUGAUCAUAUUGCAAACAUAUCGGCAUAAUUAUUCCGUCCCCAUCAGCUGACCAUUAGUGUCUAAAGAUGCUGUACGAUUAGUUGCAAAAUCUCCCGCCACUGUUGUAUCAUGUUAGUAUCAGUUUCAGCCCUUGAAUGUCCUUCGUUGGACGUAGGCCUUCCUUAUUGACCUUCACUGAUCCACGUUUUGCGCGACGCGUUGCCAGCGUUUUAUGAAACCAUCCAAGUCGUCCCUCUAUCUCGUCCUUGGUAAAAAAAAAGAAAACUGACAUAACGGAAGCUUUAUAUUAUUUCUCUACAGAGGCAUUCGUUGUGCUGUUUCUCUUAUGAGAGAAAUUUUGUCCAAACGUAAGAAGGCCACCAUCCUGUUUGCUACUGAGACAGGCAGAUCUGAGGGUUUUGCUCGAAAUUUGGCCAAGCUGCUCUCAUACACCUUCGAUGUUAAGGUUUGUCAGUAUUUGUACCUAAGCCGGCCGGACUUAAAUCCUUUUUAUAUGAUGUAAAUCACAAGUUAACAUGAGGUAUAUCUCUGUUGGUAACAUAUCAAGAUUUAACAACGUAUGAAUUGUUUUGGAGUUUGAAAACAACAGCAAUUACAAUUAGCAAUUGUAAAAGUUUUGUUAACUUAAAUUAUCCUCCCAGGUCAAACAUGGGCGUCAGUUUUCUCCAACAUAAUAUUGCACGCACCUUCCGCGUGAUAGUAAGAUAAUGGAGAUUACGUUCGCGGGAAUAAAAUGUUUGGGGCCUGACUCAGACUCAUUUUAGCCCGAGCCGCCACGCGUGCUAUUUCAUGUUAAAUCUUGCCGUUAGUUUUUCCUUUUUUUUUUAAAUACUCGCUUUCGCGCAUGCCUUGCGCUUGCAUUGACCUAUGUGAUUGAUCCCUUAAAAUUCCUAAAACAUGGUUAUCAGGUUUGCUGUAUGGAUGAUUACAAGCAUGGCCAGCUCUCCCAAGAAAGUCUUUUGUUCGUGGUGGCGAGUACCUUUGGCAACGGAGAACCCCCAGAAAACGGGACAAGCUUUUCUGAUUCCCUAGAAAGUAUGAAGAAAAGCGCCGAUGCCAGACCCCUAAAAAAUCUCAGGUAAGCACAGCUUUGUUCCUGACGACUGAUCCUCUGGAACCUAGGGGCAGUCAGUCGGGUCGGGAGAAAACGCUCGAAGAAAGUCUUCAAGCACAGGCGAAAGAGCCCCUUGGUACCGACUCUCACCAUACCAAUUCCAAAUGGUCAAGCGAGUGAUGGCUCCUGAUCGGGCACAAAAAUUGUUUGUGUCAUUGUUCCCAAUCGGCGAACAGAAUCUCCUGAGUUCUUUUCGUCUGUUCGUACGCGAUGGCUAUUGUCUUGCCAUUCUUGUCCGGUUCGUUCACCAAAGUCCUCUCGAUUUAGUUCACCGCAUUGGAAAACUCUUUCAAGUAAAGGCCUUUUUACCCUUGCUAUACCGAGUAAUUCUGAUGGUAUUUUGGCAGUAAACAAGAAUUGAUGAGGGAAGAACGGUGUAGGCAAUUGUGCUUGUCAUUUUUCCAGUCAUUUACCAAUGCAUUCGAAGUAAAAGGUGAAAAUGUGAUGCGUGCUCGCUUUGUUUUUGUAGAUAUUCAGUAUUCGGACUUGGAUCCAGACUCUAUAGUAAUUUCUGUGCCUUUGGUCACUUUGUGGAUGAUCAUCUACGGCAGCUUGGGGCUCAGCCUAUUUUGCCUAUGGGGGAGGGGGACGAGUUGAGUGGUCAGGAGGAGUCGUUCCUAGAGUGGGCCAGGAACGCAUUCAAGGUAAAACUAGUAACAAAUCCACAUUUUCUUGACUAUUUUGCCCUUAUCUUGGAGAAAAUUGGUUCAAUUUGGGUUUUGGUUAUUCCUUUGCUUUUUAAUGUUUCUUGCUGUUUUCUAGCACAAAUUUCUUUUCAUGCUAGACCAUUGUGUGGUCUUAACAGAUGUACGUAUUAUCAGGCAGAUUAAGCGAAAAAAAAAACCCGCGACGACAGUAAUGACGGCGCGCGCAGAUCUAAGAAUUUAAACCAAUGAUAGUGCGGCAAAUAGGCCAUUUACACGAUAACGUCUUUUUACUAAUACAAUGACGUCAUCGUGUAAAUGGCCCAUUCAUAAUUGACUACCAAAAAUCGCAAUCAGUCCUUCCGCGCACUUUCGUAUUCCCCUGUCAUGUGACGUCACGACGAGUUUGCUAAAUAUGGUUAUACACCAAGGUAUCAAAACCCCUGCGCAAUCACUGCGAUUGCCUCUGCGACCACUCAUUGUUAAAAGAACAUUAAAGGUGAGUUAGUAAUACUGUCUUAUUUCAGGCGGCUUGUGAUUCGUUUGGCGUGAAGGUAGAAGCCGCGAAUAAAGUGGUCAGUGAAUCACUGAAAAACAUGGCUACCGGGUGGAGUCCAGGCCACUAUCGCUGGGUAGAAGACCAGCGGAAAGCUAUGGACCCCUGCGCAAGUAAGUUAAUGAGAGUACGCUAUAUAAAACUAGCCCCCAAACGUAAGACGUUCUCUCAGCUGAACAAGUAGGAGCCGAAAGAACGUGCGUUUCAUCUCGACGUUAACAAUGUUCUUCCAUAUUCUCGGUUAAAAACCGCGCUAUAACGGUGUAUACCCAGACCUAUCUAAUCAACUUUUUAUGAGUUAGCACUGUGUGCAAGGAAACUGUGUGUUGACUGUUGAAAAAUAGUAUAUGACUGCAGAUGUGUGGAUUCACAACGGCACUACGGUAAAAUAAGCUUACGACACUUCUGAGCCACAAAGCCUAAUCAAGAUAUUGUGUAUUUAAAGCAGUUACUCAGCAGCGGUGUUGAAGUAAAUCCUACUCAUGUUAUAUUGUUUUGUAUUCUAGAUCUUUCCAAGGCAUAUAACAAGAAAGUUUGCCCUGCAAAAGUU